AUGCAAGGAACGGUGUUAUUGUUGUGGUUACUAGGAUUCGGUGUCGUCUGGUGUCAGGCAGUGGACAAUGUAGCGAUUGAUUGGACGCAAGUGAAACCGAUCGAACAGUUGGAUCAUUACUGGGCACGCGUGCCGGCCGAGUGGCAGUUUCUGCGCAACACUAGCGAUGGAUCGGCAUCCGGGCGCAUCACGAACGGUAUGGAGGCUAGCCCGGGUCAGUUCCCGUACCAGGUGCUCCUGUUAGUCGAGUUUGGUGCCCUGUCGACCCUGUGCGGUGGUUCGGUACUAACGAAUCACUUCAUUCUGACGGCGGCCCACUGUGGCAGCAUCGGUACGGUGAGUGGCUUUGGGCGUAUCAGUGACGCAACCGGUGGCUUCGCGACGAUCCUUCGCUACACACACAAUCCGAUCCUGGGCAACGGUGCGUGCAUCGAUCGGUGGGGUUCGUUGCUAGUGGAACCGCAAAACAUCUGCCAAUCGGGUGAUGGGGGCCGAUCGGCCUGCAACGGGGACUCGGGUGGACCGCUUACCGUUAUCAACGGGGGCCGUUCGCUGCAGGUUGGUCUGGUUUCGUUCGGACCGGACACUGGCUGCACUCGGGGAUUGCCGGUGGUGAUGGCGCGAGUAUCUUUCUUCCUCGACUGGAUCGUCGCCAACUCGGAUUACGUGGUGACCUAG